CCGGCAGACGGACCUGCGGUCGGCGCGGGGCCACGGACCCGCUCCCCCCCCCCAGCCGACAUGUGUAAGGGGCUGGCGGCGCUGCCCCACUCCUGCCUGGAGAGGGCCAAGGAGAUCAAGACGAAGCUCGGUACCCUCCUCCAGAGACCCGACUCGGCCAUUGACCUCAUCAUCCCCUACCCCGAGAAGCCGCCAAAACCCGUCAAGGCCCCAAAGCCGACGCCCGAGGAAGCUGCCCAGUGGAGGGCCUCCCUGGACAAACUCCUGCAGAACAGCUACGGGCUGGCCAGCUUCAAGAGCUUCCUGAAGUCUGAGUUCAGCGAGGAGAACCUGGAGUUCUGGAUCGCCUGCGAGGAUUACAAGAAGAUCAAGUCUCCGGCCAAGAUGGCGGAGCAGGCCAAGAAGAUCUAUGAGGAGUUCAUCCAGCCCGAGGCGCCCAAAGAGGUGAACAUCGACCACCUGACCCGCGCUUGCACGGAGCAGAAUCUGGCCGAGCCGUCGCCCUGCUGCUUCGAGAUGGCGCAGAGGCGCGUCCACGCCCUCAUGGAGAAGGACUCCCUGCCUCGCUUCGUCCGCUCCCACUUCUACCACCAGUGCGGCCAGUAGCCCCCCGCCCGGACCCCCGAGGACGGGCACCCGCUGCCGCCGCCCCCCCCCUUCUCCCUCUUCCCCUCUGACCCC